AUGUCGCGCGUCGUCGCGUCGUCGAUCGCGACGCGUCGCGAGCGCCCGCGCGUCGGGAAAUCGAUGAAUCACGCGCGCCGCCGGGACACACCGAUGCGAAUCGCAGCGCGCGGUGACGUCGACGCCGAGCGCGAGACGUUCGAGGACGUGCGCCUGGCGCCGGUUCGUGCGCGUCCGCGGCGCGAGCGACCGAACCGGGGUGGUUUCGCGGCGCCGCGAGUGCCCAGGACGCCGACGGAGUGGGCGCGGGCGGCGGCGAGCCCGCUCGGCGCGUUCGCGUUGGCGGCGAUCAUCAGCGUCUCGAAUCCGGAGUUCAUGACGAGUGGAAGAGAGGCGAUUUUGAUGCGCUUGUAUGAACGGCAGAGCGGUGAGGAGACGACGGCGUACGUGCGGAACGGGGUGCUGUAUCGAUACGACGCGGCGACGAAGAGCAUGACGGCCAACGCCGAUAACGGGUUGAUGGUGGAUAAGAAUGGCGGGAUAUGGGUGAUCGUGCCGCAGAAGGAGGACUCGACUUUGAUUAAGCAGAAGUAUUACAUGGGGCAGAUCGAGGACGUGCCGUCGCUGCCGAAGAAUCCGUCGGCGGAGGAGAAGAGACGAUACGACGAGUACAUGAAGAAGAUUUUUGACUUCAACAAGCUGCCAGAUUUGAAAAAGGUGUACGACGGGCCGUUCCCGGUGCCGGAGCGCAAGGAGUUGCAGAGAUUUUGGGCCAGUGGUGGGGCGCCGCCAGAGGUGAUGGACGAGAUCGAGGGUGCGGGCGCGCUCUGGGGCGCGCCAGGUGAGGUUCCCAUGCGGCGGUGA